AUGCAGGAUCAGCUGGAGCGGCAUGGAGCAAUAGCGCUCGCGGAGCAUGCACGAGCGUCGCUGCUUGCUCCCUCUCCCUCACAGAGACCCUCCUCUUCCUCUUCUCCUCCUCGAGUCCCUCCCCAUCACGCUCCCUCCUACCUCAUACCUGCUCCACCUUCCCAGCCUGGCGCUCAUUCUGCGCGCACACCAACAUCGUUACCCCCGCCGGGAAGUGCGUUCGACGUGAGGAGGUUGGAUGGAAGGAUCAAGACUUUCAAGCUCUGGCCGCAUAAGCACUACCGGCAGCUCAAAGUGCGAGAUCUGGCGCAAGCUGGAUUCUUCUUCUCUCCCUCCACGCAAUACCAGGACCGUGUGACUUGCGCCUACUGUGGCCUCGAGCUGGGAGGAUGGGAGGACGCAGACAUCGCGCUCUCCAGCCACAGAGAGGCAAAUGCUUCCUGCCCUUUCCUCACCGGGGCGAUUGUGGAUGCUCCUUCCCCCGACGACAGCUACAAGCCGAUUAGCUUCAAUAGAGUGCCGGCGAACCUCGAGCUGCGGGCAUCUUGUUGGCAUGUGGAGGGCUUCGUCGACAACCCACGAGUGCGGGUCGACAACUCAUCUCCUUCCAACGACGUGGUCGUCAAGAGCUGUGAAGGGCUUUCCAGCAUGACCACGGUGUCUGUGCGCGGUACCGUGAGGAGUGUGACGGUGGAGGACUGUCUCAACGUCAGGAUCUUAAUCGAGCAAGUCUCGCUCGGGGUGUCAGUCAACAACUGCCGCAACUUGGAGCUGGUAGUCGGGGAGAGCGUCAGGCGCAUCAGCGUUGAUAAGUGCGCCAAGUGCGAGGUCACUCUCUGUGCCGAGCUCAUGGACGCCGAGAUCAUCUCCAAGGCCUCAGCUGGGGUCGUCGUCCUUGCUGUCCCUCUUGCGGGCCUCCAACGCCCUAUCCUCCCUAACGACCUCAUUAACGCGCCUAACAAGAAGCGAAUCAUCAUUCCGGAGAAGUUCGUCACGACCGUGAAGGAAAGUCAAGUCGUCACCGAGCUUGAGACUAGGAAGAGCUGA